AUUUGCCCAUGGAGUACAAUCCCUCGGAUCAUCCUCGGGCCAGCACCAUCUUCCUCAGCAAGUCUCAGACUGACGUUGGUGUGCCAAGCAAGAGAGUUCGAGAAAAGCGGAAGAGCCUUUACAUCAACCAUUUCACACACAUUUCGGAGAACAAGCAUAAUCCAGGGCUGGUGAGACGGAAGUACAGCUCAUGUUCCACCAUAUUCCUCGAUGACAGCACUGUCAGUCAGCCCAACCUCAAAUACACCAUCAAAUGUGUCGCCCUCGCAAUAUACUACCACAUAAAAAACAGAGAAGUAGACGGAAGAAUGGUGAUAGACAUUUUCGAUGAGAAACUGCACCCGCUCACGAAGUCUGAAAUUCCUCCUGAUUAUGAAAAACACGACCCUGAGCAGAAGCAGAUCUACCGUUUUGUCAGGACGCUGUUCAGCGCCGCACAGCUCACAGCCGAGUGUGCCAUUGUCACGUUGGUGUAUUUGGAGAGGCUCUUGACCUAUGCUGAAAUCGACAUCUGCCCUGUCAACUGGAAGCGCAUCGUGCUAGGAGCCAUCCUCCUGGCAUCCAAAGUGUGGGACGACCAGGCGGUGUGGAACGUCGACUACUGCCAGAUCCUCAAGGAUAUCACAGUGGAGGACAUGAAUGAGCUGGAGCGUCAGUUUCUGGAGCUGCUGCAGUUCAACAUCAACGUGCCAUCCAGCGUCUACGCCAAGUAUUACUUUGACCUGCGCUCCAUGGCAGAGGCCAACAACCUCAGCUUCCCCCUGGAGCCCCUCAAUAGAGAGAAGGCCCAGAAACUGGAGGCCAUCUCUCGGUUGUGUGAUGACGUAUACAAGGACUUGAGGAAAAAAGCAAAGAAGCGGUCAGUGAGCGCAGACAACCUGUCGGUGGUGCGGUGGUGUCCGGCCAUCAUUUCCUAACACUGGGAUAGUCCUGUCACACAUACUGUACCUCUGCCUGGUGAACCAGGUGGGCAGCAGUCCUGUGGAUCAGUACACACACAUACACACAAUAUGGCACUUUUUUACUAAUGUGAUGGCACCCUCUCUGGCUGUUGUACAUAAAAGAAGUUCCACUGGCUGCCUGCACUGAACCAAACAGAGCUGAGCUGAACCAAACUGAGGUGUGUGAGUGAUUGGGAGGAGGACCUCAGGUGCCGAAGAGGAGGUCAAACAUAAAUACAAAUGGCAAUAUAUGAGAGACUACCUGAUAGUGAAAAUAGGAUCAAGCGUAAGGCGAGAAACAACAGGCGACAACAGCGUUCCAUAAAUUCCCUCUGAGGCUCCAUGGGCUUGUGAUUGAGGAAGACCCUGUACAUUCCUUUCUUUUUAAUCUGGUUCAGUCAUUCCCUUCCUUACAUGAAGACUUUUUGACAGCUUACAGGCACAUUGAAACGGUUAAUUCCUCUUUUUUUUAUGUCGUAUAUCCGUUUUUUUUGUAUUCCCCAUCCUGCAGAAACUCCUUCCAGCAGAACAUACACAAAGGAAAGACAUGUACAUUCCACUGUUACCUUGUCGAUAAAUGUGACUGAACUACAUAUUGUAUUUAUUUACAUAGUAGCCAUUUAUUAAAGUUCUCAUAAGGUUCUGGGAAUUCAACUCCCACAGUUACAGUUUCUCUUACAGCAAGGCCAUAUUUUAGAUAAAGCUAUAACUAAGAGCAAUAUCCAUGCAUUGCUUUGUUGUUGUGAUGAAACGAGAUUAAGCAUGCAUACUUUGGAAACGACUGAUUGGAAGACAGCGGUCCACCACUGUCAGUGAGACGUGAGACAUACUGUAGAGCUUAUGUUAUUCACUGCCAUUGUCCUGACCUGUGGUGCCUGUAAUAAGCUAGUAAUCCCCUUUCUACGGCAGGAAUAGAACAAAUAACUGAAGUAUUUUUUUUUUAACGUUUUGUACCGUUCUUCCAGCUAACAAAGAAACAGCACAAGUGAAAUAUUGAUAUUUAGGAGCCACAAAAUGCAUGACUUUUCAGGGUGGUUCUGGUGACUACCCAAAUGAAUGAAAAACAUUAUUCAAACACUGCUUACAAAAAGAUAGAUUGUAUACAUUUUGCUAUAUCGUCUCUGUACAGUGUAAAUACAGCGCCGGUGUGCAUAAUCUGUAGACUGAGGUUGUACUGUAAAACAAAAAACAGAAUGAAGUUGGAAUAUGUAUAUUGGAUCAGUUUUACUGUACACGAGGGGGAUAGUAAAUAUGUUUGAUUCCUUGUUCAUAUGAAAAAAAUCCAUUAAAAACUAAAGUGAAGUAUUCAGAUAUAAAUGGGAGAUACCACUUGAGAUUUUUGGUCUUUUUUAUUGUUACAAAGCAGAAAAUGCCAUGAUUUCAUAUGUUGUAUGAUGUAUACGAGUCAAUUCAGUCUUAUUUCAUUAUUUCUUCAAAAUUUGUUUUAACCCACGCCUGUGGAAACAUUGCCAUAUUUAUUUUCUUUAGCGAUCAUGCUUGUUUGUUAUUGACACAAUGAAUUAAAAGGUUAUCACUUUAGUCAAAAUACACUAUGACUAAAUACAUUAAGCGCACAUUUAAAGCUGAAUAAUAUUAGUCUUAAUGUGUUCAGUAAUAUCUUUGACUUUGCUGAUAACCUUUUAUAAUUUAUCGUCAGUUUCUUUUCCUGGAAAUAAGUGAAACUGUCAAUCUGAAUUUUUUUUCAUCAACAAAUCACUUCCUGGUUUUCUUGACCUUUUCUUAAAAUCGGAAAUUUGAAAAUGUACAGGCAUCUAAUAAAGGGUUAAACCUUAAGAUAGUUAAUUUGAUGUUUGGACACUUCAAUGGGUCAAAAGUGUGAAGUAAUGCUUCUAUUAUAUAAACUUCAUUACAAUUACAUUAUGGCCAAUGGACUCCAAUUUUCCUGAGAAGAUAGCAAACUGACUGGAAAGGUGUGAAAACGGCUCAAAAGCUUUUUUAAAGAAUGAUAUGGUCAGAUGAAGUUCCACAUUAAUUUGUGACAUCGGCACAUAGCUUCCUAAACAUCUCGAGCUUAUUUUGUGCAUUUCAUCUGCAAUUUUCACAUCUGAUACAAGUUAUAUUGUGUGUCAAGCUACGAAAGAUUCCGUCAGGCUGCCAGGUUAGCGACAUUUAGACAGCAGGUGUGAGAAAAACCGUACCAAAGUCGCGGAGAAAUGAACGACGAUCCUGUUGGGCGUCUUGCUCUGACCCGGCGCACUUGGAAUACGGUGGAAGGUGUUGGGUCCUGGAAAGAGAACUGUUGUUUUGCAUGGUGCUUUGAACGAGUGCAAAAUGUGUCUUUAGGAAAGUAAGGUAUUCGGAGUUGCUGUUGUGAGUUCAAACUGUUAGAGGUAUUCAAAGAUUGUAUAUCCUAUUUAUUGUAUGUGUUUGCAUACAGCCCAGUCUGGUGUUUUGUAGACCCAGAAGUGAGUCCUGAAGUGAAAAAUGUACUCCGACAGUAAAGACCCUGUCGGCGGGUUAAUAGGUGUGUGUCAUAGCCUUGUGCACUGAACUCUACCUCUGCAUAGAGUUUUACUUUUCUCUCCAUUUUUAUUCCUCUCUUCAACGAAAACUCUAGGAUUCCUCAAAUUCAGCUUUGAUCAUGAGUUGAUUAGUGAGCUGUGACUUUUUUUUUUCAUUGAUAUUUUCCACAUCUUGUGUUAUUAUCGUAAGUGUAAUAUUUUCUUUUCCAUGGCCAUUCUGUUCCUGUUUUCAAUUUGCCAACUUCUCUCUUUUUCUCUCUGUUUUCAUUUAAUGAACUGCUCCCAAUUCUUCUCUUCUCAAGCAAUGUUUAGUAAAACCUGUGCAAGGAAUAAACUUUAAAACCUUGCAAUAAA